CUGACCAGUGGAUAGUGGUGCCGAUGUAUAUGUUGAAAGUGUUUACUCACUUGUGACGUUUCACUAAGUCUUCUUUGUGCAUUUCAAUAGAAUUUUUGUACAGCAGCGGAGAGACUACAAUACAACCUAUCGUACCAUAAGACCAACGGGAGAGAGCUCGUGGUUGGACUUGCCUUAUCUAAUAUUGUCGCGUCAAUCCGAUCCUGCACAUUCGCAUACCGUAACCGUACAGUGUGUGUUAUCGGUUCUCGGCUUGGUUAUGAUAUGGAAUGUAGGUGUAGAUAUAGCAUGCACGGGUACUGAUUGCUGCAUUAUUACACAGGCCAGGGUGCUCUGAAUACAGGUGGAAUUUGAACUCAAAGUCGUUUGGCGUCCGUAGAGAGUCCGGCAAUACGUACGUGCAUCUGCCGUUUCAUGCCAGAUGGCAACGCAAGUGGACUCUCCAGUUAGGAUGGCAUGGGAAGAACUAGGCAGCGGCAAGCCCGCUGCAAAGGUGAUGUUGUGGUCUGCUCCUCGCUCCCUUUCCACAGUUUUUGAAAGGUCCAUCAUCGCUUUGGGAACUUCUGAUGUUUACAAUGAGAUGUACACAGCAGCUUAUCUCUUUGGGCCGGAGCGACUUUGGCUUAAGAGACUUCCAUCGCUCGCCCCGACCCUAUCCCACGCCAAAGUGACCAAGAAACUCAACCAGGCAGCUCAGAAAACCCAGAACGCAAGUGUCCACUUUGCCAAAGAUUUUGCCUUUGCAGUACAGGGCCAUUUCGACGAACUGCCCGAGGACUUCGUUCACACAUUUCUUAUACGAAACCCAGUGAAGGUGUUCACCUCCUUAAAACCGAGACUAGAGGCGUCACGAUUGUCCAAGAUGGUCGUUGGCACAAGCAUACUCGGCUGUAUACCGGCCGAAGGGUACACCAUUAAGGAACUUUAUGAUCUCUUCGAGUACAUGGAACACAAGACCAGGAAAACGCCGAUAGUUAUCGAUGCGGACGACCUUCUAAACGAUCCUGAGGGGAUGAUGCAGCAGUACUGCUCGGCGACCGGCAUCCCCUACGACGAGAAAAUGAUGCAGUGGAAGCCGGCGAAGCCCUCGGAACUCAGGUGGCAUUGCCCCCGGGUGCUGCGGGCGUCCAAUCUGUUCAUGGGUUGGUACGACGCCGCACUCAGCAGCUCUGGAUUUCGGAAGCCAACGCCAAAGAAAAUCGACGUAAAUGACCUGCCUGCCGAACUUCGAGAAGCCAUUGAGUUCACUAGUCCAUACUACCAAGCAAUGUACAAGAUGAGACUUCGCCCGGACAAUUACAAGCAAGGGUCCACGGACUGAGAAGUAAGUUUUGCUGGUGGGCGCAUGAUUGCAUGCAUUAUGAUGAGUGUUUCAAUUCGGCCGGAAUUAAGUGUUUGGCGAGUUCAUUCGUCUCUCAAACUGAGUCGGUGCAAUCAAUCCCGAUAGCAUUACAUUUAAUUGUCAAGCUUUUUUGUUAUUUAUGACUGAAUAGUUAUUGUAGAAUUGGAAAGAGUUCCAUAUACAGACAACACUUAUUUCCCUCAAAAAUAAUAUUAGAACAACCAUCAAAAUUCACAUGUCAUAGAGAGUAAAAUUUAGCUGAGAAACUUCUGAAGCAUCUACUCAUAUGAAAAACCUUAAGUAUUUUCUAUUCUAAGUCCCAUAGGUUUGUGCACAGGGCCUCAAAUGUUGUCCGUCCGUUGUCUCUUUCCCUAUUGUCGUUUCUUAAUUCGAAAUUAAAUAUCUUUUGUGUACAGUGCGAAGGUUUUACGUUAUUGUGUCAGUAUUACGGUAUAAUUAUUAAAGAUGAGUAUAGCUGUAAACUGCUUUAUUCAAAUCAGUGAACGGCGCUCUUUUUGUGAAAAAUGUUAGUGAAGAGAAGAUGAAUUAUACCGUAUUAUCUUAAUUCCUCACAGAGUAACAUAACUAUAUAUUUCUUUACUACUGAUUCUGCUAAAGUUUAAUUCUAAAAAGUAGUAUGGGUGAUAUCAAGAAAUGCUAUUAAAAUGGACGAGCUUCGCACGCGAAGAGAUUCAGUCACUGCGUCAGAUCAUGGUGCGCUCCCACAUAACAGGUCAACAAUCCCCCGUCCUGUCCAAGGGCGCCGACCUGCAAAGUUCUUUCACAAAACUGCCCAUUGUGGGCAGCGAAAUACUACGAUCAGUGGUAAUAAAUGUACAGCAUAUCCCGUUCACACUGCGGCGGGAUCUCUUGACCCCAGGUCAUCAAGCAAACAAAUUCCAUCAAUGAAAACUCGAAGAAAUGAAAUCAUAUGCGUCACAGAAAAAUUGGGUGCAUGGUGACCAGCGCCCUUGGAAUGAAAGCUGGGUACAGGCAAAAUCGCAUGUAGCCCCUCUCAGUUGCAAUUAUAGCAAUGUUAAAGCCGAUGGGCAAUUUCAUGAAUUUCACGUUGACGUCACGUGAUCAUGUGCAGACACUCAUGCUUCUCUGGCGAAGGGGGCUUUUUUGACUUGGCUUUUCAACCAGUUCCCAAUUUUAAAGUCCCCAUGUUGAAUGUCGUCAAGACUCAUGAGAAUCACAUGAAUAGACGUGGUGGUGUACCUGAAACUUUAAGUGACCUUUCAUAUCAAUUUGUUCAAGCAUCUUGAUGAGAUAGCAAUAUCAGGGGUAUAAAAGUCUACUGCUCUGACAAUGGGCAUCAAGUCAAGGAAAAUCGUUUGAAAAUCCAACCACAAAUAAGGCCGAGGUUGGAUUCUGUCAAGGCAAAACGGGCCCGUAGAGGUUAUUUAUGGGUACAGAGACUGAACUGUGAUCCUUAUUUGUAAUUAAAUGUAAUUUAUGCUGUCAAUCUAGAAAGAAGGUGCAUCGGUACAUUGAUUCAAACGAAAGGUUAAUUUGCCCGUCGUUCGAGUCAACAGGCUACAAUGCAACCAGCACUUGUUAUGUAGGUCCAGAAAGACGUGUUUUAUUUAUGUGUUGCUGAAGUGUGAGUUCUUUGAUUAAAGUACCAGCAAGAAAGCCAACAAUUAUCUGAUGGCCUGUCUAGAACAGAUGGAGAUAUGAACAUGUACUGUUAAUGUACAUUUAUUUACUGCGGUACGCUUUGAGCAGUCCAACGCUUUUAGGAACACACAUGUAACAGAUCAAUGGUCCUCGUCAAAAUUACAUUGAAGUUCAGCCGUGCGCAAAAUAAACAAAAAUAAAACAUCCCCUCAAAUUUGUCGCCUGCCAGGUCACAACGUUAUCAAAGCCAAAGUUAGUUUGAUUUGAAGCUGUUUUGAAGGGCCUGACUGCUAAAAGUGCAAAGAUCACCGGGACGGGGAUUGCCGCGCCAUUGCUGGUAACUUGGCUACCUUGAACGGACUCAAGGGAAGUUGAUGGAGUCGGUUACCAUAGGUAGUAGUAAAAUGUACAUGCACGUGCUCUUUGGCUGUAGUUUAAUCUGGUACCCUUGCACCUUGUCAUUCUCCGAGUCUUGUAAACGGAACUGGGAAAAUUCAAAAUGAAAAUGGCACAAGUUUAGACCCAUGUAAGGUUCGCGUACGGUGGGGCACUGUACGUGUACACUGCGUGUAAUGGCAUUAGCACUGUAUUUUAAAUGCUUCUCAAGCUCGCGAUGAAAUACACGUAUGCUGUGCUGUGGACGCCACAAGCAAUCAUAAGCGGGUGCGGGAAUUUCCCACUGACGUUUUCAAGUGUUUGCUUGACGUGAGCGUCCUCCCUCGUGGCAGACCAAAAAGCUAACAGGAAACUUCAUUAAACAAGGUGGGCGAAGGAACUGUCUCCCAGCGUUUAAUGUAUCAGCCAUUGGAAACUCUAGUGGAGACUGUUGCAGAUGUUUAUCAUUCAAAACAAGUCGCAAUUUGAAGUCUGAAUUACAACUGUCUUCAUUCGCAUUGGCCAUACACAGGGAAACAUCUCAAAGUUCCUGAUGUAAUGUUUUUCGGCUGCCAUUGCUUCAGAAAGUCAUCUGAUAAGAGGACGUUUGAUGGAAAUAAAUUAUUCGCUCAUAAGGUCGUAGGGCAGGGAAUUUAGGCGAUUGUAUCACGCCGGUGUCGUACAAACAAUAUAAACACUUGCUCUCAUGCCGCAUACCUAUGACACUAAUUUUCCGUUUCCCGUCAUUGCUCAACUACUGCCGGUGCAACUUCCCACAGUCCCGUUCUGCGCAAGCACCUCGGUAUUGUUCGAUCUGUCUGACAUUUUUCUUUAACCUUAUUGAGCAUCUGGAACCCCUUCAUGCAGGGUUAUCGGCUCCUCUUUGUUGUGCACAGUUGAAGUUUGUUUGCCUUGUAUUAUCACGUCCGUCAUUUUCACAAUAACAAAAGGAUAAGACCAUUACUUAUUCACUUCUUGGGUAUUUCUCUCUGAGAACCAGUUAUGUAGACAAUUGUAAUGUACAUGUAUGACUCAACCCCAUUAGCCAUUAUAACAAAACUACCCAUCUUUUGUAGUCCUCAACUGGUUCCCGGCCAAUCCUGGCCAGAUUGUAUGAUAGUUUAUUCCUUUUGUAUAUUGAAUCGCUUACGUGCAAAUGAUUCCUUUAACUUAAAUUAUGUGAAAUGUCAAAACUGCAUCACAACUGUACGUAACAAUUACUGAAUCGGUGCACUUGAGGGUAGUAAAUAAAUCGAGGACAAAAUGUUCAGUUCAUCGUCGGCAGGUGCCAGAUUCUCCUCUUGUAAGGCUGGUGUGCAAAGGCACAAAGCGCGUGCGUUUUUGCAUGCAUGUUUCUGCUGCCCUGACACGGUAUUAGGCUACUAGGCAUAUAUGUUGAACUCACUGAGUACAUGUAAUAGGCAUAUUCCUUGUAUUGGUGUAUCAUGUUGAGGAUACACGGUGCUUGCUCUUUGCAAAUGUUUCAUGUUUUAACAGGGUUAUACGAAUAGCAGAGUACGUGUAAUGUUUUUCUACGUCAGGUUAUGUUUACAGGCGCACAAUUGCAAGUAAAUGUAGUGAAUGUGUAUGUUCUUUUUCGAGCUUCACAGAAUUGCGCUAGAUAUAUAGGCCAUUGAGUUAUGACAUUUUCAAAUCUGAAUAUUGAAUGAAUGGCCUUUAUCGCUAGAGUUUUGGUAAUGCUAGUGUGUCGAAGACGUGCAGUAAAAAAUAUGAAUAAAUUGCCGUUCGAAAGAAUUCAGGAUAUGGCGAAUGCCACUGACUUCACUUGGUACCGACUGUCAUUUUCCAUGUUGAAGAAAUUUCUAUCAGUGUAUUUUCUUGUAAAAGUACGGUUUUGGUGUAUUUCCUUCCAAAUCGAUGUUAAUGCAAACGAAUGAGAGGUACUUGUACCUAAUAAUGCACUCUAUGUAAUGCACAUGUACUACUGACCGAAGUUCGACCGUUUAGUGAUGACAUUUCCGGAUUGGAAACUGAAUUAAUGGUCCAUAAUUUUCAGCAUUUUUUCACGUAAUAAAUUACGUUUUCUAUUGUGUAGUGCGUGUAUUAAGUGUGUGCUUGUUUAAUUAAAUUUAGAUUCCGUAGCAUGUGUAAACAAAGGGGGAGCGCAUUAUGUUAAAUAAUAAAAAGUACUGUACGUUUUGUUGUAUACAUGUUAUAGUUUCCUAUGGUUGAGUGCGCAUGGCGGACAUAUAUAAAGUCAAGAACUUUGCUUAAAAAUGAUGGAGUGAAAAAUAGAGGUGGCACUCUGUUAUCAUUGAAUAAAAUUGGAAAUGAAGAAGAAAUCGG